AUGACGCCUCUGACGCAGCGGACGAUGCUACCCCGGUACGAGCUUGGGCUACAGUGCACAACGCUCUUCUACGGCGAGGCCAUGACGCGCUACGAGCGCGCCGAGAUUCGCCGUGUCCACCGCGACGGCACGGCGACAGUCGAGUACCUCAAGCGUGGCACGACCGAAAAGCGUGUGGCGAAGCUCAAGCCCAUCGACCCGGACGAGGCUGACGAGAAGAGCCCCCCCGACGCCCCCCCGAGCGCAUGGACAGUCGGACAGAACGUUCAAGUCCGCGAUCGCGACAACCCGAAUGUCUGGGCCGACGCGACGAUCACGCGACUGCACACAUCGAGCGCCCACAUUGCUGUUCGGUAUCUUGGCGACGGGCGCAAGGAAAAACUUGUCGACAUGACGCGGCUUCGUCCGCUCGUCUCGCUUUGGCAGCGGGUAGUCCGUGGCGCGUUCAACGAAGCACAUUCGUGGACCAAAUUGCAGCCCGUGUUCUUCCGGAAGGCGGAUGGCACAUGCCGAUCGGGACGUAUUCUGCGCGUGCGCGACACAGACUGCGACAUUCAACACGACAGCGACAACGAGCAAAUCGCCGAGCACGUGCCCCACGCCGCCAUCUCAGCCAAGCGGUGGUGGCACACACUGUGCCAGCCGUCGACGCGCUUUGCGAUCCAAACCAAUGUCCGCUACACGGACGCCAAAGGACGACAGCACAUUGGGGUUAUCUGCAAACGACACACCAACAAUACGUACGAUAUUCAACACGACAGCGACACGGAGACAAUAGCCACGCGCGUUGAUGUUGCCGAGCUGCAACGCGUCUCGACGGCCUCGCAGUGGCUUGCGUCCCUCCAGCAGUUUUGCCAUGGUGCAAUUGAUGUCGGCGCCAAUAUCGAGGUGCGUCUCGGCAAGAGUGCACGCGAUGACGAUGACGAUGACGUGUGGACCCCCGGUGUGGUUCGCAAAGUGCGUGCGGACGGCAAGUACAUGAUCGAAUACAUUGACGAAGAAGAGACGCCCCAAGUCGUCAAAGUACCGGCCACCAACGUCCGUCGACCGCAGCGCAACUGGGCGGCGCUGCUUGCGAUGCGCACGGCCAUGUCGUUUGAAGAAGGGAUGCGCGUCGAAGUGACGAGUGUCCACGACGAUAAGGCGCGCGUGCGACCGGGUGAAAUACUGCGCAAGCACACCGAUGGUACCGUGAGUGUACGGUACGACGACGGCAAGAUUGACAAGCACGUGCUCAGCAGCCGGCUUCGCUUCCUUGCGUCGGCGCUGACCAUUGGCACACGCGUGGACGUCGCCCUUGAGACGGACCACGCAGGUCUCUCGAACGUCGUCGCCACCGAAGGCGUCAUUGUAUGGGUGUACCGCGACCAUUCGGGCGUUGUCUUGGAGAUCACCGACGAUCUUGAUGAUGUGUCGAUAUCGCCAGAUGUGAGCGUAUCUGCACUACGGCUCCACGGACAACGCCUCUCCACUCUCACCUUAUCCGGGCACUCGGCGUCGCGAUUGGUGGCUCUCUUUCUCAACACGGGCUUGGAAGUGGUGAUCUACAUCUGGUUCCUCUUUGGACUCGGUGCCGAGAUGACAGAGGCCAUCGAUGUACUGAGUGCGAUCAAUCCACCGCAGUGGAAUACCACGGCGGUCUACGCCGCGCAGCGACCGCUCGUACCCAACAUGACGCUCUGCUUGGCCGCUCAUGGCUCGUUGGACAUUGCUUCCUCGAGCUGGCAGCUGCAGCAAAACUGGCUCGUCGCACUAGUCGUUCUCAAGGGUGCUCUCUUCGCCGUCACGCUUGCCGUCAUGGGCUAUGUACUCGGCACCCACGGCCAACUCGUGUGCCAUCGGCUUGUGGACCUCCGCAAUUUUGCGAGUCAAGGGCGGUGGCAAGACCGGCUGCAUCUCGUGAUGCUGACGGCCUUGCUUGGUUCCAGUCUCUCGCUUCUGUGCUAUGGGUCGCUGCACAACCACUUGGUGGCCAAGUGCUUGGCCCCGCCCGUCACAAUGGAUGCCGUCACGACAGCGUUUCAGAUAGCGCCGUUUACGGUCCGCCCCGUAUACACAACGAUCGUGGACCUACUUCCGACGGUCGCGGCCACGGUGGUGUUCAACCUGUACCGCGGAGUGUGGCUGCUUCUCGUGCUGGCCGUGGCCCCGGACCUGCUCUCUCGACUCCUCCUCGCGAUCCCGAUGAUGGCUGCGACUGCGUUCAUGCUGGCGCUGGGUCUUGCCGCGUGGACGGUCUUUCUGCAGACACAAGCCAAGUCCAUGCAAACGUCCCUCGAGAUGAGCUUGACCAGCAACCAAGACAUGGCGAUCUCACUUGUUGUCGCAGCGGCGUGGUUUAGCUACGUCAUGGCGCUGUUGAUUGUCCGCACCGGCGCGCACUACCGGCUUGCAACCGUCCAUCAGCGCCAAGGCGCUAUUAUGGAGCCCUACGUGAAGAAGGCCGAGAGAGGGGCCUUUGGCGUACGCGCCCAGGACGAAGCCAAGUGGGACCGUCUCGACCAGCUCCAAUUGCAAGUCGGACUCGUCGCGUCCGUCUGCAUCGAGUUGGUGUCGGGUCCUAGCAUCAUACUGCACAUUGGCCUUGUCUUCUGGUUGAUUGUGGGCGGCGGUCUCGCACAUGCCACGGGCCUUGUUGAGGGCCAUCCGAUCUUGGUGCUUGUCCUUCUCGCGUGUCUCUGGCUCGUGCUUUUGAUUGGUGCGCUUCUACUUGUGUGCUGUGUCAAGCGCACGGCGUGGUCGGGGCUCCGGAAGGCCCGUCGACAUGAGCGCGCGGUCCCGCGUGCCCAGCAGUACCAGCCCCGCGUGGUGCUGCCAUAGUGUAUCGCUUGUCUGUCGCAAAUUCCUGAAGCGC